UUUAGCAUAUAAAUACGGAGGUGAAUCCGUUAGACUUUGCACAAAAAUGUCUGUCAAACAGUACUUAUGCGGUCCAUGUUUGGAGGAGAAAGGCGAAAUAGAAGGCGUUGUGUAUUGUAAAGAAUGUGAAGAACCACUUUGUGGAAAUUGUAAACAUGAUCAUGCAAGGAUAAAGGCUUUAAAACUCCACAAGUUGUGUGACCUUUCGGAUGUGCCUCCCCAGGAGAUACAAGAACUUCUGAAAAGAUUGAUUGCAUGUCCAAAUCACGAAACAGAAAGGGUGGUUCACCUUUGUAAAGACCACGAUGUAACAUGCUGUAAUACGUGUGCUUUGGCUGAGCACAGAAAGUGCGAGACACUAAAGGUACUGGCUGAUAUAAAAGUGGAUUGUACCGGAUUGAAGACAAUCUUGCAUGACUUGCAACAGCAAGGCGAGAGUCUUUUGGAACAUGAACGCACACAUGAAGAAUUGGUAUCUGAAAUAGAAAAUAAAGCGAUGUCAUCACUACAAACUAUUAAACAGAAACUCUUAGACAUAUACGCGCAAUUUGAGAAUGAAGUGCUAUCAUCUAUUGCUGAUAAGAAGAAAGUUAUAGGAGAAAAAAUAAAAACAAACAACGAAAAGGCACGUCAGUUUUUGAAUGCCAUUGAACAGCAGUCAACUUAUAUUGAACAAGUUGAGAAAUUUGGAACGAAUGAACACGUUGUUCUCCUGCAGCGCCAGCUUGAAAAGAAUUCGGUAUGUCGAUUGAAAUCAACCGUAGGUGAAUUGGAUAAAAGAAGAAGCAAAUCUAGCUUUAAAUGUGUUGAGGAUACCUCUUUUGAUCGUUUACUGUUAGAGGUUAAGAAUUCCUUGCGAAUAGAAGACUGCACUUGUGAUGUUAGUGAGACAGGAUCCGAUACUGAUAAUAGUCAAUAUAAGCCAUACACGAAGCGAAUUUUACAGCUUCAAUGUACUAAAGAUUUAAGUACUAUACCCUUGUUUGACAAGGAAAAACGUCCUGACGCGCGUUCAUGUAUAUGGAUAGAUAAGAACAUCGUGAUAGCUUUACACGAAGUAAAUGCGUUGCUAGUGAUUGAGGAAGAUAGUAAUUUUGUAUUAUCAAAAUUCAUUUGUGACGUUACUCCUUGGUCAGUUUCUAAGACGGGUCCGACGGACAUGGUGAUUUCUUUACCAUGUGCAAGCAAAAUUGCAUUUGCACAACUACGUUAUGGAAAUGUGCACGUAAUUACAGAACUGAAAACAAGAAUCCCGUAUCACGAUGUAACUAGACAUGCCUCACUCAACCAGUACAUAUGUAUGUCAAAUAACAGGGGGCAGAUCGAUAUUCUUAAUAAUAACGGAACGUUGCUUCGUGAAAUCAAUAUAAGCUCAGAAAUAAAAGAGUUUGUACCAUCGCCAGUAAGUUUGUGUAAUUUUAAUGCGCAUAAUCGUGUGUUAAUAAUUUCAAAUUGGUUGAAGGAAACAUUAACGGCAUUGAACUUAAAUGGAGAGAAAGUAUUUGAAUAUAAGCACCAAGAUCUACUUGGCGCACAGCAAAUCGCCGUGGAUCCUUGUGGCAAUGUGUAUGUGACAUCCUAUCUUCUAAGCAUACUUCAAAUCAGUCCUAGUGGACACUAUAUCAGAACUCUCCCUUUAGAGAAAAAAACAGACUAUCCGUUUGGUAUAUGUUUCAAUAACACGUUUGAUAAAAUAGCUUUGAGUGGUGGAGGUAAUGACCUCGAUCCAUAUCUGGGAGUUUAUACAUUUACUUGAUCAAUGUCAUUGCUUAUAUCUAUAAUUAACAUUCAAAUAAUUCAAAUAGAAAGGUUAGUCAAACCCCACGAUAUUUCGAACGCAUAAACCCAUGUACCUUAUAAUGUAUACGUGCUUUGCAAUGUGCAUUUUAAUGUAUUGGAAUAAGUUAAUAUAUUUCGUUCAUUUGAAUAAUAUAUUGAAUAUAUAAUAUUUGAAUAACAAUUGCAAGCUGUUGCACCAGUUUGAGAUUCUGUUUUAUAGUCUUAGUGAAUUGAUAAUGAAUUGCAGCAUACGUAAAUAAUGUUAUUUUUGUGUGUUCAGACCUUUGCCUGCAUUCUUUUGCGAUAUGUUCUGAUAAAAGUAAUUAUAUAUUCUAGUAAGGGACAACAACAUACUAGUAUCUGUAUUGAGUUUUGUUCGUAUAUAUGUUUGGUAUGUUACUUCACGUAUUACAUAAGCGUACAUUCAGGUUAUUUAUACAAAUUAAUUUCAAAUACUAAAAACUAGUUAAUAUGAACGUUUGAAUAAAUGUUUGUUUAUUUUCUCAUAGCCAAACAUUUAACCUGUUCUAUAUUCACAGAUAUGUGUACUUCUUGUUGUCAGUCUUCCAAUAUCUCAACAUGAUAAAUGACAUUGAGAUAGCUAACAUUUUCACGCACAAUUAUCUGGCCCCGUGUUCACAAAACGAUUUUGCAAUCGAAUAUCAAUUUAAAUCGACAUCGAUUUUCAUUUUUGCCUAUCAACCACAAUGAAAUUCCAUUUUCAAUGACAAACGAAAUCGAUUUUCGAUUGCAAAAACUGUUUUGUAAACACGGGACCAGAUUUUAAGUAUAUAGCGGUGUAAGCUUCACCAAUUGUUUCAUUAUUAAGCAUGUAUGUACUGUUAUUUAUAUUCAUUUAGUGUUAAUUUGCAUAUGAAAUAUAUUUCAGUAUUGUUCAUUGGUUAUUGAAAACCUCAUUUAAACUAUAAUGUGUAUGUUGUAUUUCCUACGUGUAGUAAUUCAUUCACUAUCUCAAGCUGGUGUAUAAACUUGAGUUACCUAACAUUUUCACGCACAAUUAUCAAA